AUGCUGUCCAUGUAUGUCGAUCUCGAACAUAAGACAUGGGACGCAAUUUUGUCCUACGCUACUUUUGCCUAUAAUACGGCUGUUCAAGAGACAACUCAGGUCACUCCAUUUCAACUGGUCUAUGGCCGCAUAGUCAGAACCACACUGGAUGCUAUAUUACCAGUAGAUGCUGACAACAACAACCCAUACGAUGUGGACGACUUCCUACAACGAGCUGAAGAAGCCCAUCAGUUGGCACGGUUCCGUAUACGCCAGCAACAACGUAGGGACGCCAGCUACUACAACCUGCGCCGCAGAGAAGUUCAGUACCAGCCAGGCGAUCAAGUUAAAAUAAAGUGUGAUUGGCUCUCUAUUGUCUUCGUCUGUUUGCAGGCCAAGGCCAAGGGCGUGGAGCACCUGAUUGAGGUGCAGAACCCGAAUCGUGUGGAGAAGAAGCCCAAGAAGGUGGCCCAGCUGAACGAGGUCGAGGAAGAGGCACCGCAGCUCUCUCGGCGUGAGCGGGAGGAACUGGAGAAACAGCGUGCGAAGCAGCACUAUCAGAAGAUGCACGCAGCUGGCAAGACAGAGGAGGCCCGUGCUGACCUUGCACGCCUAGCCCUCAUCCGCAAGCAGCGCGAGGAGCAGGCACGGAAAAAGGAAGAGGAGAUCAAAGCGAAAGAGGCAGAGCGGAAGGCCAAGGCAGAAAGCAUCAGCAAAGCACUAGGGAAGAAGACGUGACCGCAGCCAUAACUGUUACUCUCAAAACUCACCCUCUUUUUUUAAAAAUAUUUUCUGCUGUUAUGAAGGACUUCGUGAUGCUUUUUUGCCAUCCCGUCCCUGUAUGUCGCUCCCCUUUUUUUCUUACUGUGCUUUUGUUGUAAAGGUCUCUUUAAAGCGAGUUUCAGAGUAAAACUCUUCGCAAGUUUGUUUUGCUGAAAGUGCUCACUGCUCAAAUAAGCGUGAGAUAACUUCAUGUCAUCGAAAUCGUGCCAGAUUUCACAUGCGUGAACCUUGAUUUGGCAAGGCAAUCCUAAAGCCUCGGCUCGUGGUGCGAGCCUUGAACGUAACUGCAUUCAGCAGCAAUGUAUCCGAAGCAAGACGGAAUAACGGCACUGAACAUCAGUGAUUCGGCCAUGAGAUUUCAGGGACAAAUUCUGUAAGUUUGCCAACAAUAAAUGAGUGACUCAGCUGUUA